CGUCACUAGGUCAGACCUCCUCUAAAGAUGGCGACCGCCUACGAGAGCUUCAACCUGCACACUACCCCAGAGAAGUUUUACAUUGAGGCUUGUGAUGACGGCUCCAAUGAUGUCCUGUCCAUUGACAGGGUGUCCACAGAAAUGAUCCUCACCGUGAGGAAGGACAUUCCUCCCCAUGCGGUCACCAGGCCAAUAUGUGGCAUCAUGGGAACUAUCCGUUUGGUGGCAGGCACGUACCUCAUCAUUAUCACAAAGAAGAAGAAGGUGGGUGACCUGUUGGGCCAUGCCAUGUGGAAGGCUAUGGACUUUGACGUUAUCUCCUACAAGAAGACUGUGCUGCACCUGACAGACAACCAGAUGCAGGACAACAAAGCCUUCUUGUCCAUGAUCAACAGUGUUCUGCUCACAGACGGCUUCUACUUUGCCACAGACUACGACCUGACCCACACUCUGCAGAGACUGGCCAACACCAGCCCUGAGUUCCAGGAGAUGAGCCUGCUGGAAAGGGCAGACCAACGGUUUGUGUGGAAUGGUCACCUGUUGAGAGAAUUCAUGGCACAGCCAGAGCUGCACAGGUUUGCUUACCCAGUUGUCCAUGGCUUCAUCAUUAUGAAGUCCUGCUGCAUCAAUGGGAAGAUCUUUGACUGGAACAUCAUCUCCAGGCGGAGCUGCUUCAGGGCUGGAGUACGCUACUACGUCAGAGGCAUCGACUCAGAGGGUCAUGCAGCUAACUUUGUGGAGACAGAGCAGAUUGUCCAGUACAACGGGGGCAAGGCCUCAUUCGUACAGACCCGAGGCUCCAUCCCCUUCUACUGGUCCCAAAGACCCAACCUCAAGUACAAACCAAAACCUCAGAUCAGCAAAACCAUCGACCAUCUGGAUGGCUUCCAAAGGCAUUUUGACUCGCAGAUCAUCAUUUAUGGAAAGCAAGUGAUUUUAAAUCUGAUCGACCAGAAAGGCUCAGAGAAGCAGUUGGAACAGGCCUUUGACAAAAUGGUGUCCAGCUUGGGCAACGGCAUGGUUAAGUACAUAGCGUUUGACUUCCACAAGGAAUGCAGUCGGAUGAGGUGGCAUCGCCUGCAGAUCUUAGUCGAUAUGGUGACAGAGAUGCAAGAUGAGUAUGGGUACUUCCUGGUUGAUGUGGAUGGGAACGUUCUGGUGCAACAGGAAGGGAUGUUCCGCAGUAACUGCAUGGACUGUCUGGACCGUACCAACGUCAUCCAGAGUCUGCUGGCACGACGCUCACUGCAGUCACAGCUGGAGCGACUUGGAGUUCUCCACAUGGGCCAGAGGAUUGAAGAUCAGGCCGACUUCGAGAAGAUCUACAAAAAUGCGUGGGCAGACAAUGCCAAUGCGUGUGCCAAGCAGUACGCCGGCACAGGGGCCUUGAAGACAGACUUCACAAGAACAGGGAAGAGGACACAAUGGGGGCUGGUGAUGGACGGCUGGAACUCCAUGAUCAGAUACUACAAGAACAACUUCUCAGACGGCUUCAGACAGGACUCCAUUGAUCUGUUCCUGGGUAACUAUGCCAUUGACGAGGCAGACAUGACCACACCCCUUCACGAGCCCAAAGACUGGAAGUUCCUCACGUUGCCCAUUAUCAUGGUUGUGGCAUUCUCCAUGUGUAUCAUCUGCCUCCUCAUGGCUGGUGACACUUGGACGGAGACUCUGGCUUAUGUGCUGUUCUGGGGCACAGCUAGCUUCGUGACGGCCGGCGUCAUCCUCUUCAACGGUCGGGAGUUCGUAGACGCGCCCAAGCUGGUCCAGAAGGAGAAGAUGGACUGAAUGUGUGCGUGUGGAAAGCAGCUACGCCCCACAGACUUCUCCUCCUCCACUUCACCUCUCUCUUCUUCAUCGUACAACCAGCAUCAGCGGGCCUGGAGCCUGUACUGAUUACUGACCCAUGAGGAAGAGGAAGAGGAAGAGGAGGAGGGUGAGGGUGGGGUGAGAGAAAGGCCAUGUGUAUGAUGUAGUGCUGCGAAGCACACAGACACUCGCUCUGCACUGGCCUGCUGCUGUCCACACCACUAAGCACAAUGUUUGGGCUGGGGCUGGGGAAGAUCCCUACCCUAACCUUGUCCAUAGACUGACUGUAUAAGCUGUAAACUGUCUGGUUUUAUGAUACAAUACUCCGCUACAGUAACACAGUUCCCCCGCUGCACGGAAUGCAUAUGAACGGACACUGGCCCUGCUGUGUUGUUGCCAUAGCAACCCUGACAAGGGAACUACUUUUUAUAUUUUUCUUGCCUUUUUGUCGUUUUUGUUAAUUUGUCGCCUUCUAGCUACAUCAUGUCAUAUUCGCUCUGUUGGUUGCCAUAUUGUUUCAGUGUCAUUGCCCCUGAGUGGUCGAUCUGAACCAUGCUAGUGUCUUAGUGUGAUAGCUGACCUAUGGGGUACCAGUGGCUGUCUGACGGCCCAGCCCAGCCCAAGAUCCCAAAACUAGCUCACCAAUAGUCAUGGAGAGAAUGUGCUAGCUGGCCAAUGGUUGGGGAGAGAAUGUGCUAACUGGCCAAUAGUUGGGGAGAGAAUGGGCCGAACUGUCUCAAUAGGGAACUUUAGUUAUGGUGUCCCACCAACAUUAAUGCCAUUGUAACUGGCCAUUAUAUUCCUGCUCACUGCACUUCUGAGUGCACAGACCCUCAAAGGGUUUCACAUGAGGAUUCCUCUGAGGUAUGACGAGAGGGAUGUUUGUCUGUGUGGUCUGUCUGGCAGUCUUCCCAGGAAUGGAAAGCUUCAUGAAACUGCUGGAAAGACAAAUCCUCAUUAGUUUCUAACAACUAAAAGGUGCGAGAGAGCAUCAAACUAUAUACUAUAGUGAGUAGGAUCUGUCUUCGACCAGUAGACUGGAAGGCCCAGGCCUAGGCUAAUAAUGAAGCAUGGAUUUAAAGGACCAAUGCAGCCAUUUUAAUCUCAAUAUCAAAUCAUUUCUGGGUGAUUGUUUUCAUCAAAAUUGUCAAAAAGAAGAAAAAAAAGCUUCUUAGCAAAUAAUUGUCUAGGAUUGUCUGGGAGUGGUUUUUGGGGUGGGGAAAACUGAACUAGCUGUUAUUGGCAGAGAGGUUUGGAACUCUUUCUUAUUCGUCUAUUAACUAAUUUACCAUCUGGUGAUGUCACCAGGCAGGCCAAAACUCCAUCCCACCAAAACAGGCAGAAAUGUCAGGCAGUCUUUUCAAACACUAAAAGAGCAUUAUCAUCAUUUUCACAGUAUUAUUCCAACCUGGAAAUAUAUAUAAAACACAGGAAAAUCUAGUUUUUGACUGAACUGUGCAUUUAAACGAACCAAAGUCUCAUGGGGCUUUGGGGACUUAAAUGCCACUUGUCCCCUAUGACAAUUUCUAAGUGUUUGAGUGUCUCUCUGGGUGGGAAUGUGAACUGUUGCUCUCUCUUACACAAUCUUUCUCUAUAUUAUUUAUCCUUUGAUUAUUGUCUCUGUGCUGAGCUAUUUUACGCUGUUCUGUAGCACUAGCCCUAAGUCAAAUUCUGCUGCCUUACCACAGGUCAUUAUAAGAGACGGGGUGUUUAGUAGCAGGAUUGGGGCCAAUUCCAUUUCAAUUCAGUCAAUUCAGGAAGUAGAUUCCAAUUCACUAUUUUAUUCUCAUUGAAAAGCAUUGAGAACAUUUUUAAUUGGAAUGGGAAUUUCAGUUUACUUCCUGCAUUGCCUGAAUUGAAAUUCAACCGAACCCAACACUGGUGUAUAGUGUACAUAAUCAUUACAGGAUCACACUUAACUUACCUGCUGUCAGAGUGGCACCUGCUGAUCUGAUAAUGUUAAGAAAAAAAAGGUAUGUCAUAUUGUUAAUAUUAAAUUGAUUAUAUUGCC